AUGCAAGAAAGCCCUGAUAUCACCAGGGAAACUUCCCGGGCUCUGAGCGCCCCACCACCGUCCCAGAUGGCAGUCGCAGCGGCAGAGAAGGAGGAGGAGGAGGGGGUGGGGGCUGAGGACGAGGUACAGCACACGAUGCGAGAGACGAGCGACAGCGUUUUUUCCACUGAUGAUCGCGAAAAGAGAUUGGCGUUACCACCAUCAACAGUAUCGUUAAUCUCCACGCCGGAAACGGAAUACAGGAAUAGUUUUGGUCGUGGAUCUCUGACUGGCUCGUUGCUUGGCCCCCACGAAACGUUACCACCACCAUCACUAAUCUCGGCGCCAGAAUCGGAAUACAGAAACAGUUUUAAUCGUACAUCUCUGAAUAACCCGUUGGUUGGUCCAAGCCCCACUGCGCCUAUUGUGACGCCACCGCGAGUUUCCAUGGAAUCGGCAUCCGAGGCGUCACCACCGACAUAA